AUUCAGAAUUUUAAACCCGGAACGCCGUUCAUAUCCAAGAAUAAUAUGUUCUCUGCACGACAUUUCUAUCUGUGACAUAAAGAUGCAACCAUGAUCCCAGCACAGCGUAGGUACCUGCGUACUCCCAACUCGCACAACCCUUGGCGCUGUAGUCCACGAUAAUUGGCCAAUUAGCCCCAUCCCUAACCCGGCGGCGCCCCUCAACGCGUCGGCAGCAAGCCCGCAGCGCGUCCCACCGCCAUAUCCCACUUUCCUUCGCUUGCAACCGCUCUCCGUUCGUUCUUUUUCUUCACCGCAAUUGCAGCCUGCCGAGACCGCAAACACAUUUUCCUCAACCCUACAAACCACCAUUUCAACUUCUUCCCGUACACGAUACGUACACAGCUUUCAUUGCAAACUCGACGAAACCAGACCAGAGACUAGGUAUGACCGCUUCUGCCUCCGUAACCUCACCACCAACAUCACCGCCCGCGAAGCGAGUCAAAACGAGCGAAACCUCAAUCAUGGCCACCUCCAACGCCCCCGCCACCACCACCACUCCCGCCGUCCCAACCCUCGAAGCCUCUCCCCCGCUCCUAAUAAAAAAACUCUCACCCACCGCCAAGCUACCAACCCGCGGCUCCGCCUUCUCCGCCGGCUACGACCUCUACGCCUCACAACCGACCACGAUCCCCGCGCGCGGCAAAGCGCUCGUCGAGACCGACAUAAGCAUCGCCGUGCCGGCCGGCACAUACGGGCGCAUCGCGCCGCGGUCGGGGUUGGCCGCGAAGCACUUCAUCGACACGGGGGCGGGCGUGAUCGACGCCGACUACCGGGGCCCCGUCAAGGUCCUGCUGUUCAACCACGCGGACACCGACUUCGGCGUCGCGGCGGGGGACCGUGUGGCGCAGCUCGUCGUCGAGCGCAUUUAUACGCCUGAUGUCGUGGAGGUGGAGGAGCUGGAGGAGAGCGUGCGUGGUGCUGGUGGGUUUGGGAGCACGGGGACGAAUUGAGCUGGGUUGCAACUUGGUAACCUACUUGUCUAGGUAGCUUUCGGGGACCGGCACAAACCAUAUGGAGGGCUUGAGAGCUAUGUCCUAUAUGUCUAGCGCCUUGUGAUGAGAGUAGAAAAGGGGUGUGCCGGUUAGAGGAUUGGGUCAUGAAAGAAUAUAGAUCAAUCGUGUCGGCUGGCUGCGUUCUUACCCACUUGGGGAUCAACGGGGUAGUGACAGGGUAGCAGAGAUGGCUAGGCUACUUGCUUCCAUUUUCGGCGGCUAGA